AUGUCGAACCCCAUUGCUGAUUCACAAGAGUAUUUUGCUGAAAGAGCACGACAGCAGAAGCUCGAUCCUAAUCCAGGAAUCACCACGCAAAAGGGCGAUUACGAUGCUUCCUCCUCAUCGAAUGGCCGCAAGUCGCCCGGCUCUGUAAAAUAUAGCCGUCGGCCAUUCUCCCAACAGCAUCAACAGCAUAACCCAACCGAUUUUGAUCCUAAACAGCAGUGGAAGAAAGUAUUGAAUCGUUUACCUAGUGUACACGGUCAUCAUCGACAUAACCGUCAUAGUAGGGUAAGAAGUAGUAGUGAAGACGAAGACUCUGAUGCGUAUGAAUCAGCUACAGACGAUACUAGUCAAUUCGACAAUGAUAGUCGUUUGCAUGAUUUUCGACGCCGUCUUCGACAAAAGCUUGUCAAUGCUGGUAGCAAGACAAGCGGUGAAUCGUACGAGAUGACGACUCAGCCUUACGGUAUGGAAAAUGAAGACGAUAUUUUACCAGACACAUCUGAUUUGCAUCAACAGACAACCAGGACAACUCAGCAGGAUGACAUAGGAGAACCAACAGACCAACAGCAGGAGGAACCAAGUUAUUUCACCAAACCCUUUGAAACUUCUUCGCCAAAUUUAAAUGAAACAAUUUCAACUGCUGAGAGCUCCGGUCCUGCCACACCUACACUGGAACCUGCCACCGUGGCAGCUACUAACGUUGAAGAAAGAGGCGAUAAAAGCAAAUCGAAACUACUCAAGAAAAAAUUAAACGAAUUACGGAAAAGGAGAGAAAGUGAAGUUCAUCUUCAUGAUACUACAGCGCCAUCUACAGAUGUAGUAAAUGAAGAAGAUCAAGCUGUUCUACCUGCCUCAAAUAUUGAAAAUAGACCACAACCACCAACAAGAGGAAGCAGUUUGAGAGCAGCCAAAAAGCAUUGGGGAAAGACGUUAGACAAAGUUCGGUUAAUUGCUAAUCUUCAUACGUUACCUCAUCAAAUUGAACAGCCCACAGUAUCAUCUUCAGCACUGAUUCCUUUUUACCCACCAUUAUUUGAUCCGAUAUUCAUUGCUUUUGGCGAAGACCAACAUGAAAAACCUUGGUUGGCAGUUACAGAUUCGGAAUUACUCACCCAGGGUAUAAAUCAAUGGGUUUUUCGUAUCGAAUUACAGUAUGGCGAUAUAAAAUGGGUGAUCAAGCGCACCAUUGCCGAUUUUGUCAGUCUCCAUUAUACGCUUAAAUUCAAAUCCAGGCUUAGAGAUACCGUACCAAGUCCACCUAAUUUUCCAAAUCAGCUACAAGCUUGGCUAACAAGUGCCAAAGGCUCGAUCCUUCAGCAAAACCAUGCUGAUGUUACUACCACAGCAGCCCAUGCCGGUGAAAAGAGAGAUUCUGACUUAGAAAGAGAGAAAUACGAAGUGGCCUUACGACGUCGAAAAGCAUUAACAAAAUAUCUACGUCAACUCUUGCUCAGAUCACACAUGAUGCCCAACUACGAUCUUUGUGAAUUCUUGGAAAUAUCCGCUGUCAGUAUUGUUGAGGAUAUGGGAUGGAAAGGCAAGGAAGGGUUUUUAGAAAACAAGGUCAAUUUUGUCGUGCCACGGUUAUGCCAUGUUUUAAAGCCUCACUUUUGGAACACACAAUGGGUGCUAUUGCGUGAUUCUUAUAUUGCCUUUAUAUCGGAUAUAGCAUCAACAACAGUCAAUGAUGUGUUUCUAUUUGAUAAAUCGUUAGUUGUGCAGAAUAAGAAGCCAGGACUUCUGGGCAAAUACCAUAAUCACAUUACAUUAGCAAAUCGAUUCAGACGUAUCGAAAUCAAGGGUGGACGAAGAGAGGUGGAGGAGUGGAUGGAAAGUAUACAGCGCGUUUUGAACAACAGUCCUUGGCUUAAAAAUCACCGUUUCGGCUCCUUUGCUCCUGUAAGGCAUAAUUCAAAAAUUAGAUGGUUUAUUGAUGGUGAAGAUCAUUUUAAUGCGAUCGGCGAAGCUAUUUUGUCAGCAAAAUCUGAAAUUUAUAUCUGUGAUUGGUGGCUAUCACCUGAGUUGUAUUUACGCAGACCACCAGAAAAGAACCAGGAGUUUAGAUUGGAUCGAUUAUUGCAACGUAAAGCAGAAGAAGGUGUAAAAGUCUAUAUUAUCAUUUACAAAGAAAUGUCGGUUGCACUUAGUAUAAAUUCUGCCCACACAAAGUCUUGGCUUCAAAGCCUGCAUAAAAAUAUUGUCGUUGUACGACAUCCAGAUCAUCGUUCAAUUGACAAUAAUGUCCUCUUUUGGUCACAUCAUGAGAAAAUUGUGGUGGUAGAUAAUCGAUUAGCUUUCCUUGGCGGCCUUGAUCUUUGCUGGGGUCGUUAUGAUUCACAAAAGCAUCGCUUAACUGAUUAUCCUGCAGAAGGACAUACGGAUGAAGUGUUUCCAGGUCAAGAUUACUCAAACCCUCGCGUUAAAGACUUUAUCAGCGUUGCUCAAUAUGACCUGACCCUCAUUGAUAGAAACGUAACACCACGCUUACCGUGGCAUGAUAUGAAUGUUGGUAUGGUAGGACCAGUUGCUAGAGAUGUAGCUCGGCACUUCAUUCAGCGUUGGAAUUUCUUAAAAGCAAGUAAAGGUAUGCAUCGACCUUCAGUCCCAUUUUUGAUGCCUAAGGGUGAGUAUGUAGCUGCCCGUGAUGAGUCUGCAUUCAAAGGCACUUGUCGUGUGCAAAUUCUACGUAGUUCAGCACAGUGGAGCUCAGGCAUCGAACGCGAGCAUUCAAUUUACAACGCUUAUAUGGAAUGCAUAACAAAAGCAAAGCAUUUCAUUUACAUUGAAAAUCAAUUCUUCAUUAGUGCAACAGGCCAAGACAGAUUGCUGCGUAACAAACUUGCACAGGCGAUCGUGGAACGUAUCAAGAAAGCACAUGAAAAAGGAGAAAAUUUCAAAGUUAUAGUGCUCAUGCCGUUGAUUCCAGCAUUUGAAGGUGAUUUGGCUUCGAAAGACGCAGCAGCAGCUCGAAAUGUAAUGCACUUUCAAUAUAUGACUAUUUGUCGUGGUGGUAGGUCUAUCAUAGAGAAGUUGCAAGAAGCCGGAAUUAAAGCUUCCGACUACAUUCAUUGGUACAGUUUGCGUAAUUGGGAUAAAUUGAUCCCUCGGAAAAAGUCAAUGACUUCAGGUAGUGAUAAACCAACCACUGUUCCGAGAACAACGAGUCGAGCUUCCUCGUCUAUGAUUGCUGGUGUGGCUGCCGCUGCUGCCGCUGGAGGAAUAGGUGAAGGAGGCGCAUCUGCAACUACCAAACUGAACCCUACCCAGUGGAUAAAUCAGCACAACGAUAAUAGCCCCGAUAGCAACAAUAGCGGUUGUAAUACCAACUCAUCAACAAAAUUACAUGAUAGCUCUUUAAACGAUACCCAUUCAGCCGCUUCGCAACCUUCAGUCAAAGCACCUUCUGAAAAAUCGAUUGGGGACGAUGAUGAUAAGGAAUAUUAUGUGUGCGACUUGGUCUAUAUACAUGAUAAAAUCAUGAUUGUUGACGAUCGUAUAGUAAUUGUUGGCUCAGCUAAUAUCAAUGACCGAUCCAUGCUUGGCAAUCGUGAUUCAGAGAUUGCUAUGAUAAUUGAAGAUACUGAUAUGGUGCCUUCUUACAUGAAUGGUAAAGAAUUUAAAGCAGCUAAAUUCGCCUUGUCUCUACGUAUGCAACUAUUUAAAGAGCAUUUAGGCCUUUUGGAUUUUGACAAUUGGGAAGACCUUAUCGAGGACAAAGCACGGUUGAAGCCUAACAUUGACGUUGAUAAACCAAUUGAAACGCAUCAUACCAAUGAGAAAGUAACAGAAGAGGAAAUUCGUGCAGUUGAAUCAUUAGGACCUAACAAAGUAUUAGAACACCAACGGAGAUCAGGCACCCACUAUCCUAUCCAUGUCAACAAAAGUAAAAAUGACCAUGAAGAUGACUUUGGUAAUGUCAACAACGGUGCUGAAGGGCAUGUGCAACUCAUGGCAGCAAAAGCUUUAGACCCAUUGGACUCUCACUUUUUCAACACCAUUUGGGAUGGAACAGCAAAGAGUAAUACACUUAUUUAUAGAGAACUGUUUCGCUGUGUUCCAGAUGAUACUGUUCACACUUUUGAACAACAUCGUAAAUUUUUACCAGACCCUACCAUAGUUCCUCAUGGCCAUAUUGCUGAUACCGAGUUACAUGGGCGUGAUAUUCGACAAAAAUUAUUUAAAAUUCGCGGGCAUCUUGUUCAAUUCCCUUUAGAAUACCUGAAAAACGAAAACAUGCUAGGAUCCGUCUUCCGUGAAACAGUAACUCCUAUGGUGAUUUUUACGUAA